AGUGUGCUGUCAUUUUUCUAUUCAGUGAAUCAAUCAAUUGUUGAAUUUUUUAAUAACAAUAGUUUGUUAUCAACAGGAAAACAUGUUUCGAGCUAACAACUUUGAUAAAUUACUUGAUAAAGCUACAAGUAAUCUACGUCUAGAUCCAGAUUGGCCCACAAUAUUGCAAAUUUGUGAUCUUAUUAGACAAAAUGAUUGCUCACCUAAAUAUGCUGUGGCUGCAAUAAAAAAGAAACUUUAUUCACAAAACCCACAUCAGGCAAUGUUUGCAUUACUCACCUUAGAAAGUAUAGUGAAAAAUUGUGGCUCUGGUGUACAUGAUGAAGUUACAUCAAAAGCUUUCUGUGAGAUGUUGCGUGAACUGGUAAAAUCUACACAGCAUGAAAAUCUGCGAAACAAGAUUCUUGAGCUUAUACAGGCUUGGGCUUUUGCUUUUCGCAAUACUCCUAAGUACAGAUCGGUACAGGAUACUGUGAACAUAUUGAAAGCAGAAGGAUACAAAUUCCCAACCUUGAAAGAAUCUGAUGCAAUGUUUUCUGCUGAUACUGCACCAGAAUGGGCAGAUGGAGAAGUGUGCCACAGAUGCCGUGUAGCAUUCUCCUUGAUGGUUCGUCGUCACCACUGCCGAGCCUGUGGACAAGUUUUCUGCCAGCAAUGUAGUUCUAAAACAUCAACCUUGCCUAAAUUUGGAAUUGAAAAAGAGGUUCGUGUAUGUGAUGCUUGCUUUGACAAAGUAAGUCGUCCUCCUACAUCAACUGCUAAAUUGGAAAUUGUUGAUACAUCCAAUGACUAUGGGCCUACCCAACCUCAGAAGCGUCCACCCGGUAAGUCUGCUGAAGAGCUUCAGGAGGAAGAAGAGUUACAGUUAGCCCUUGCGCUCAGUCAAUCUGAAGCAGAACAAAAGGAAAAGGAGCGCAAGUCUCGUUCACACAUCGCCCCAGAAACGUCACUCCAUCCAAAUUUGUCGCCAACUCCGUCGUCGGUGAGCGCGUCGCCGGAUCACAGCACGCAGGGCAAUGCGGAGCUGUCGCGUUACUUGGACCGCAGCUAUUGGGAACAGAGAUUGUCCAGGGAGCCCGCAGCGGCACCCACUGCGCCCGCACCCGCUUUAGCGUCGCACGCCUCGCAUGACAUUAAUGAGGAUUUCACCAAAGCCACCACCACCAAUAAAACUCAGGAAGAUGAUGCGGAAGACAAAGAAAUCGACGAGUUUGUAGAGACUUUGAAAUCACAAGUGGAAAUAUUUGUGAAUAGGAUGAAGAGUAAUUCAUCACGAGGCCGAUCGAUCGCUAAUGAUACGUCGGUGCAGACGUUGUUUAUGAACAUUACAGCUAUGCAUUCCCGAUUACUUCGCUAUAUACAACAGCAGGACGAUAAACGUGUGUACUUGGAGAGCUUGCAGGAUAAAGUGACCCAAGUUCGCGACAGUCGCGCUGCGUUAGAUACAUUGAGGGCGGAACACGCGGCACGACUCGCCGCUCAGGCGGAGGCGGCUGAGAGACAGAGACAGAUGCAAAUGGCAGCAAAACUGCAGGCCAUGAGGAAGAAGAAACACGAGUACCUACAGUAUCAGAGACAAUUGGCACUCCAAAGGGUGCAGGAACAAGAAAGAGAGAUGCAAAUGCGUCAAGAACAACAAAAGCACCAGUACAUGAUGUCCACUAGUGGAGGUUAUUACAUGCCUGGUGUCACAAUGCCCCAAUAUCAACCUGGUUUCCCUAAUCAACCGCUGUACGCGAAUCCACAGUUCCACCCACAGAUGAUGACGCAAUCAACUACAGAUAACACUAUCCCCAUGGCCGGUCAACCGCAGAUGUCGCAAGCAAACAUGUCAAUCAACCCUAUGAUCUCUCAAUCUAUGCCUCAGAUGACUAAUACUUUUGCUAUGUCCACCUCCGGUGUUGCUAUCAGUCAAGCACCAGUCAAUCAACAGCAAUCAAUGACUCAACCCCCUGUCCGUCCGAUUAUAGGGCAGCAAACACCCCUCCAACAACAGAUGAUGAUGCAACAGAUGCAUCAGAUGCGUAUGCCUAUGCAGUCAGGACACCAAAUGAUGAUGCAGAACAUCCCUAAUGGUAUGCCUGGCCAGAAUUUGCAACAGAACGGUCAAACUGCACAAAUGACGAAGAAUCUACCAAACCAGCCACAGCCUAAUAAUAUGAUGCCUGCUAUGUCGACCGGCCAGCAAAAUAUGGCACAACCACUUAUGAAUUCGAACCCUAUGAUCGGAAUGCAAAUGCAAAAUAUGAGAAUGUCAAUGAUGCAAGGUCAACCGAAUGCUAACCAACAAGUGCCUAUUUCCGGUUAUUCGAGUAUGCCGAACCAACCGAACACCCAGACUGUUCAGCAAGUACCAAAUAUGCAACAACCUGUUCCUGUAACUGCUCAACAGAUGUCUUUGCCUGGACAACAGAUGAUGACGGGACCGACGCUACCCGGACAAAACCCAAAUAUGACUGUUUCUAGCCACAUUCCUACUUCAAAUCAAGGUGCUCCUAAUCAAGGAUCUCAGGUGCCUUUAUCACAAUCUCAACAGCAAGGUGUUAGUCAAGGCCAAACGAUGACGAUGCCUGGACAACCUAUGCAACCGCCUGGACAACAAAUUAUGAUGCACGGACAACAGAUGAUACAUAGCCCAAACAUUCCACACCAAGGUCAGCUAAAUCAAUUGCCUCAGAAUCAAAUGCCUGGACAGCAAGGUCCAACGAUGAUGCAUGGACAACAAAAUUUACCACAGCAAAUGCCUGGUCAGGGACCGCAGAUGAAUAUUUCCCAAAUAACUCAAGGUCAAAUGACACAUGGACAACAAAUACCCCAGGGUCAACCAAUUCAGCAAGGGCAAGCGAUGCCUGGACAAUCUGUGCAGCAAGGCCAAACAAUGCCGCAAGGUCAACCAAUGCCGCAAGCUCAACCGAUGCCGCAAGGUCAACCGAUGCCUCAAGGACAACCAAUGCCUCAAGGACAACCGAUGCCUCAAGGACAACCAAUGCCUCAAGGACAACCAAUACCCCAAGGGCAACCAAUGAAAACUCAACCUAAUUUUAAUGGACAAUCAGGCCCUGCGCCACAACAAUCCCAAACACCUGUCAAGUCCGAACAUAAUAAUAAUACAGCAGAACUAAUAAGUUUUGACUGAAAGAAAAACAUUUUUUACUGGAGAGAUUUAUUUAUUUAAAUGACUGGCUAUUUUCACAUUAAUUUAUGAAAAGAGUAUGCAACCAUAAGGCACCUUUUAGAAUUUAUUACAAUUUUGAAACCAAAAUGAUUGUCUUGUAGCUUUGGUGGAUAUAAGAAUUUUAUAUUAUUAAAGAUAAAUCUAUAUACCAAGUUUAAAGUUAGGAUAGCCUAAUUUAUCAUUUCACCUUGGCGAAAGAGAUUAUAUUAACAGAGAAAAAUUCUCGAUUGUGAAUUUAUAAUAUCUAAUAGUUGAUUUGAAAUCUUAUUGCAUUGGGUGUAGAAAAACAACUAUUUGACAUAGAUAUUGUUACCUGAAGUGCUGCUGUUAGAGGUAUCUAUAAAUUAUAAAAUGAGUUGGGUC